CAAAAAGGCCAAAACUACAGCUGUGUCAAAGACAAGGCAUAGUAACUUGGCCUUCAACAUGUUCCUUGCUGAAAAUGAGCAAAGUACACUAAGAAAAGAUCAUCACCAAGUCUACACUCAAGAACCAGUUUUUCCACAUGAAGAGAGGUUCUGUUUCUCAUGAUUUGGGUCCAUUUCCAAGCAUAGGAGGGCCAGAUUUUCAUGGCAGUAGAAUUGGAGGCCAAAAGGGUUGGAGCUCUGAGCGUGUGCCGUUGCCUACAAGCAGUGGACAGAGGCAUGCCAUCCAUGGCAGCACUUCUUUGAUGGGGCUGAGCAAUGGUGGGAGGACUGUGCCUUCAAAAUGGGAAGAUGCAGAGAGGUGGAUUUGCAGCCCAUUUCUCGGAUAUGGCUGUGAAAGCAACAAGAAUGAUUCACAUUCUCAUGGUCAUGGUCAGCAGAGGAGGCCUAAGUCCAAGAGUGGUCCAAUUGUGCCUCCCGGAGCUGUGUACUGUUCGAAUUUUUCGCCUGCAAAUCCGGCAUUUGAUGGCUGCGGCAGCGUGAGGAAUUUCGCAAUUGGUUCACCAUUUUCAACAGGAGUUUUGGCAGCUGAAAGUGUCUCUCUUCUAUAUGGUGGCAGUGGAGGAAUGGGAAGAUCAACUAGUGCGCUUGGACCGUUAGAAUUGCAAAAUGAGAAACUUGAUAACACAAAGUGUGAGGAACCAGCGAUUUCCCGAGCUGUUUCACAACGAGAUAUGGGAACCCAAAUAACCCCAAAUGGUUGCCUCCACCACUCACCACCACCUCCCAAAAGGAGGUCAUCAUUUGCUCCAUCUUCUUCAACUCUUCUUUCCAUUGUGGAGCAGCAACGCGAACAUUUUGCUAAGUUAGAGGUCAGAGAAGUGCAGGUUGACAAUGGAGCCACUGGCACUAAGGGGUCAAGAAGGGGUGGUAGCGUCAUGAAAAGACACCCGGAUGUUUAUGAUUUCGACAAAAUUGCUAUUAAAAACCAACCUCCAUCUUUCAAUAUUGCAGAGGCAGCUAUGAACAGUUCAAGAAAGCAAAGAGAGGAAGCCAAGAUCACUGCGUGGGAGAACUUGCAGAAGGCAAAAGCUGAAGCAGCACUAAGAAAACUUGAGAUGAAAUUGGAAAAGAAGAGAUCGUCGACAAUGGACAAGAUCAUGAAGAAGGUGAGAAACGCACAAGUUAAAGCCCACAAGAUGAGAAGCUCAAUAGCAGUUAAAGACGGCCAUCAAGCUCCGAAAACUCCCGGAAAGCUUGCUUCCUUCGGUAAGCUUGUCCGGGGGGGUUCCCUGAGCAGUUGCUUUACCCGUAAUGCUGCCUAAUUCCUUGUGCUCUUCCCAGCUAAUUUAUUCAUUGCACCAGCUGACCCCUUGGAGUUUCUGAUUUGAAAUCUAGCUUAGGAAUAUCUUCCAUGUCAAGUUUUCUUCCUUUUGACCUCAUCCUGUAUUGUAUAUAGGAACCUCCUGCAUUAACUAAGUAUGCGAAAAGCGAGCACCGUAUAUAGAAGAACUUCAAAUGCUACUCUUUUUGCUCUUGAGUUGGCCUUUUACCAUGGCAUUUGGUUGGCUUCUUUCCAACGUUUAGCUGUCUUUUUUUCUGCAUUUGUUGUUUGUGCCAAAGUUUCGGAAUAUGGUUUGAGGACAGGAUUUUGUUGUGUUUAAAAAUAAUAAUAAUAAUAAUAAUAAUAAAUCCUUGUUGGCAAAUCCGAGUCACCCAGAUUUCAUCUUACAUAUGUCCCUGAAUGAUCCAGAAAUUCAAAAUACACAAAAUUAAAAUUCAACUGACGCAAAUCUUACUGGGAAGAUAAGCAAAGGAAAAUGGAAAACAGAACUAGUCAAAUGUAACCGAACAAAAUAAAAAAUGUAACACCUCCCAGCUUUGCAAGAAGCCAUAAAUAAUCCAUCUAAUAACUUAAUAAAAUAGCGAUUUCUACACAAAGGAACCAUGGUCCUGAUCCCUGAAUUCACCGGCUGGCUAAUAUUACAGAUUCAGACAUUCCUAUCCACCUAUAUUUUCACUGGAUAAUAACGUAUGGAUCUGUUUGAAAGGGGAAACCAACUAUAAUAAGUUCAGAAGUUGACAAACGAUCAUUAUUGGGGACGUCUGCUAAGGAUGUGAUCCUUAAUCUUAUAUAAAUUCACUUAACAAAGCCUGCAUGGCAUUUUGUUGACAUUCCUAAGAUCUGGUGCCAAAUUUCCAGAGCUGCACAUC